AUGGGAAUCCAAUCGCAAAACUGCAAUGGCAGUAUCGAAGCCGCAAAGAAAAGAGGCACCAAGAUCAAGCGCCCAAAGCAGCAACUUUUGCAAGUGCAAGUUGGAGGGAGCCUUCCUUUUCUUCCUACAUUCCAUUGCAAACGAUGCCGUAUCACCCAAUUUGGAUCAGCGGUUUUAGAAAAAUAUCAUGGAGGGCACCAUGAUCACUGUGGGGAAAGGACCAAAAACAAGAAGAAUAAAGCAACGCCGCAAUCCAACACUAUGUUCGAUUACACAACAAAUGUUUGUUGUGCAGCUGCUGCAACUGCUGCACCUCAGAGGAAAAAGAAAGCGCCACCAAUCAACGUUAUUGCUGGAAGUGUGGGCUACAAUACACAACAUCUUAAUUCAAUGGGUAUUGACAGCGACUUUGUAUUGGAUAUGAAGCGGAGCAUUGAUGAAAGGAUGGAUGAGUUGGAGCACAACCAAAAGCCAUCUUGGGCCUUGAGUCAACAAGCACCACCAAGAAUGAUUAUUGCAACUGAUCUCAUUCUUUCUCAUUUUGAACACCGUCGCCUCCAGUCUGCUGACUGUGUCCUUCCGCAAACUAAAGGUUUUUGUACUGCAAUGACAGCAGACAAUGCAUUGGGAGUACAUCCUUUAUAUUUCCACAAGACACAAGCUACAGUCAAAGCCCGAUCUAUCAUUGCCUUUCAGGGGACGAAAUCCUACAUGUUGACUGGCAGCUUGCUUUUUCGAACCUCCGUUUGCCAUUUCCAAAGUGCUCCCGCGGUUCUUUGGUCCAUACUCAAAGGAACUUCAAAAAGAAUCCAGGAAGUCUAUUUCCAAUUUGGAGACAUGAUGGCGCCAUUACAUGGGCGGUUAUCAUGA